AUGUCACCUUCAGCGACCGAUAACUCAGACGGCCCAGAUGCCACCGUCCUCACGCUCCGCAAAGUCCUCACUUCCGAAUCGGAGCCGCUCGCUCGCCGAUUCCGUGCCCUCUUCUCCCUGAAGUACCUUGCCUGCCAGCAGCCAGCUACGGAGAAGACGCUCCCCGCAAUCCAGGCCAUUGCUGCCGCCUUCACCUCGCCAUCUGCCCUGCUCAAACAUGAACUUGCAUACUGCCUGGGCCAGACUCGGAAUCCCGAGUCUGUGCCCUACCUUCAAGAAGUCGUCAAGGAUACAGAGCAGGAUACAAUGUGCCGCCAUGAGGCCGCGGAGGCGCUUGGCGCAUUGGGCUAUGAGGACAGCCUGGAGAUUCUGAAGGUCCUCAGAGAUAACAAGGACGAGCCGGACGUCAUCAGGGAGACUUGUGAUAUUGCUGUGGACAGAAUCCUGUGGGAGAACUCUGAACAAAGGAAAGCAGAGAAAUUGAAGGCAAGUGACUUUACCUCGAUCGACCCAGCUCCACCACUUCCCAUGGCGACCAGCGAGCCUUCAAUUCCAGACAUCGAAAAGAGAUUGCUCGAUACAAGUCUGCCAUUGUUCCAGAGAUAUCGCGCGAUGUUUGCCCUGCGCGACCUUGCUUCACCUCCCGAUCUCCCCACGGCGACCCACGCUGUCGAGGCGCUGGCUAAAGGACUCAAAGACCCAUCCGCACUUUUCCGCCAUGAGAUCGCAUUUGUUUUCGGGCAACUCAGCCACCCUGCGUCGAUUCCAAGUCUCACUGAGGCGCUUAGCGACCAGAAUGAAGUUGGUAUGGUGCGGCACGAAGCGGCAGAGGCUCUGGGAAGCUUAGGGGAUUGCGAAGGUGUGGAGGACACAUUGAAGAAAUUCCUGAACGACCCCGAGCAGGUCGUACGAGACAGCGUUAUUGUGGCUCUGGACAUGGCGGAGUAUGAAAAGAACGGUGAAAUUGAAUAUGCUCUGGUGCCGGAUUCUGGCGUCGCGGCUGCUUGA